AUGAACUCACAAUUCCGUAAGCUGUUCAAGGGAAUCAGGGGUGAAUGCUAUUAUCGAGCGCUCGUUGUGUGGCCAGAGCACGCGAGGAUCGAAGGCCGCUUUACAGGAGGAUUUUCACAAAUCGUCGUCUUGAUAUUGCUCAUAAAACCGUGGUACGAUCGAUCUUUGGAUUCCUGCUAUUUAGCUGCUCACAGGAGGAAAGGGAGCGUUUGGAACAAGAACUUAUCGAGGCAGAUAAAGCUGGUUUUAAAAUUAAAUGAAGAUCUCACGCCUUUUUGGUUUCAUUUCUUCGCGAAACGAUACCCUUUUUCUAAAAUUCACUUGAACUUCGCUGGUGUUAGUUUUUACAAGAGGUUCAAGCAAAAACAAUUAGCAAAAGAGCUUCAGCUUUUUGAAAAACAACUUCAGGAGCAUGAACGUCUCCUAUCGCAGGCCCAUACUAUUCAAUCAGAA